UUCUUUAACCUGGAAGUUGCUCUUUAAGGAAUGACUAUGAUUUUACGGUGUAAUGUUAUCCUCACACUAGACUUACUGAACUUUGGAGUGAGCACCUUGGAGGAGAUUCGGCUUAGGAAGGCCUUGAAGGCCAGCAUGAAGAGAACUGGUUACCCCAUCCAGAGGGCUGAUACUUCAUCCAACGGAGAGAAAGAAAACAUCCAGUCAUUCUUCCGACCAGCCCUCUUUGAGACUGGAGAUGGCCCACUUCUCUUUCAAGAAACUGGGAGACCCAGAGGUAGUGUGGCUGAAAGGCUUGGGAAGAAGAUGCCCAACAGCGAUAUGAACAAUGGAGAUGGUGUUCCACUGAGAAGAGGUCUGGCUGGGCGUCUGGGAAGAAUUGUGGAUGAGGAAGAGCCAUUAAUGCCCCCUCAAAAAGCUUUGAAGCCAAUUAAGGACAGACUUGGAUUGCCCGGGUCUGUUUCACCCACCAAACCAGCUGAGACCAACGUGGAGUCAAGGAAAGAUUCUGAGCAGAUCCACAUCAAAACUCUGGAGGAAAUCAGACAGGAGAAGGCAGGAAAAUCUCCGUCCCAGAGCCGUAAAGCCGAUCCUGAAACCGACAUACCCAAACCGACCAAGAGUGCUAAGCGAACUAUCACCAUCAAAAAGGAUCCCAUUAGCCACAUCAAAACCUUCUCUGAGAUCCUGCAUGCUAAGAAGAAAAGGCAGGAGGAACAGGAUCAAAGCCCCACCCUCAAGAAGGCCAGGCUCAGUGUAGAGAAAGCUGCAGGCAAGAGCCAGGGACCGUCUGACACUGUGGCUGCUAGUCCUGAGGCAGCAAACCUGGGGGAGCUUGGAGUGAAGACUCUGGAGGAGAUCCGCAUGGAGAAGGCAGGCAGGAGUCCAGCUCAGCAGUCCCUGGAGGCUGAGAACAAGAAGAGCUCUGAUUCUGAAGAGACUGAUGCUAAAAAGCCUCGCCUAGCCUCGUGCAUCAAGAAACCGACUCGGCAAACAGGCAACGGAACAACAGAGAAGAGUGAUGAAGUGACCAAGGAGACAGUGAAAACUCCCCCUGCUGCUCCUGAGGCCAGAGAUGCCACCAGUAACAAUCUAAAGGUCAAGACCUUUGAGGAGAUCAUGCGGGAGAAGCGCCUUCGCAAGCAGGAAAUGGAGGAGCAAGCCAAAGGCUUGGCUGAAGCAGAGCCUUCUCUGAAACAAACCACUGAAGGAACCUUGAAAAGGAAGGUUCCUGCUAAUGUCACUGUCACAUACCAAGGCUCUUCAUGCCCUGACUCUACCCCUUCAACCCAAAAGCUCCCUGUUAGUAAACCGAUCCCUCUCAAAUCCAAGGCUGCUUCCCCUCUGAACAGCUCGCCUCCUCGUAUAAGACCUGCUGCCGUUACAACUGCAUCCUCAAGCCCUGUGAAGAAGAGCUCUUCUCCACUGCAAGCUGAGACCAAGUGUGACUCGCAGAGCCCCGGCAGCUCCAGGGAGGUCCCAGACAAAAACACAAGGAGUCCCACUUCACUUCCGCUAGCCAGGCAGGCCAGAGCGGCUCCACAGGGUGCUACUUCUGAUAUAACACUGAACAAUUAUCAGAAAUCCCCAGAACACACUGCAAACACUAAAGUGAGGCCAAAGCUGAAUGUGAAGCCGUCUGUCAUGAAGCCUGCAGUGCAGCUGAAACCAGGCCAGAAGAGAAGGGGGGCGCAGCGCUCUGCUGUUGCUGCUGUUAAACCCCUGAACAGCGGCCCCGCAGUGCAGGAGGGGCCCCGGCAGGAGACGGCAUGCAGAGACAGACAGGAGUCCCCUCAGUCCAAUGCAGAGGCUCAACUGAGCGCCGCUGUCCCCCGCAGUCCCAGCACCCUACUAGACUUAGGGUCGGGCUGCAGCCCCCUGACAGAGGAGCUCCAGACUGUCCCAGUUUUCACACAGAGCCAAGAGACCCCACAGGCUGUCAGAGAUGCCUGUACCGUCCCCCAAAGCCCAGUCCUGAAGUCCCCCACACAGCCAAAGUCACGGAGACAGAGCGCAGCCCGCACCACCUCCACCUCCAGCACUGCCGUCUCCACCUCCGCCGUGGAUGACUUUGAGGAGCUGAUAAACGAGUUUACCGACGACCAUCUGGAGGGAGACAUGGACCCUGGCAUCGAAGAGGAUGACCUGCUGCAGGAACUCUCAGAGAUGAUUGACAGCUGAGGGCUCAGUCAAGCACAAUCAACCCCCUGCCCCGACUUCUUGCUCACAACCAUGUCUUGUUUUCAAGAAGCGAAGACCAUCACCAUAUCUACCAUUUAAAAAAAAAAAAAAAAAGGAAAACAUUUUCCCUGAAAGGUUGAACUUGUUUUAAGCUUUAUGUUCAUAUUGAUUUAUACCUGUGACAUCUCCUUUGUCAUUUCCAGCCAAUAUGAUCAUCUGAUUACACCAGGGUUAUUCUGCAGAGCUUUGACUCUUUCUUUAUCAUGUCAGUUCAUGAUCAUUGUUAAACUUUUCAGCUCUUGAAAAGAGAAAUUGAAAAAAGGUUGGCUCUGGGAGAUGUUGUUAAUAACAUCAGUUUGUCAGCAAUCCUGGAUGAUGUUACAUUGUAGGAAUGAUGAAUGUGUUCUUUUAGAGGGAACUCACAUCUGUAUACUGUGUAUGCCAAGGGAAGAGCAAUCUGGGUAUGUGAAUAAUGAAUACUGCUGCACUAAAAGUAGCCUUCCCCCAAUUUUUGUUUUUUUGUUUUCCCAGAUUAUGACAUUUAAAUGUAUUAAUUUUAAUUUAACAACGACAACCCUGUGUCAUCAAAGCUCAGAUCAGAGCCUGUGAGGAAGAUACUGAGUUCAUCUGGAACAGGUGUAUGUGUUCAUAGAUUUUCCACGCAGAUCCUUUGGAGUGCACCUUCUGCCAGUGGAUGCUCUUUAGCGUUUUUAUAAUGUUUGACUGAAAUGUAUUUUUAUUCAGUGGAAAUACCUUUAAAACAUCUAUUCUGGGAUAAAAGUGUGAAUUAAAGUGCUCUCUGGGCUUUGUUAAAGAACACCUCAGGGACUGAUUCUGAUGUUUGUAUAUUCCCAAUAUGAUUGACAAACAGUGUAUUUGAGUUCAACAAUGCAGUCUUUAGUUUUCUUUCUCUUUUGUGUUUGCAUUGGUGUAUUAAUGUGAUGUUAGAAAAGUUCAACUUUUUUUUUAGUCUUAAUACGCGUUUGUUCUGUCAUGACCCUUUCCCACGAGCUUACUGUUAAAUCACUUCUACAUAUUACUGUGUAAAUAAAAAGUGCUUUUAAUGACGA